CCAACACCAUCGACGCCCACGAUGAAUACCGGGAAGCGACAGAAGCAGCGCAAGGUGCUGCUGAUGGGCAAGAGCGGCGCGGGGAAGUCGUCGAUGCGGUCCAUUGUCUUCAGCAAUUAUGUGGCGAAAGAUGUGCGAAGACUAGGUGCCACGAUUGACGUCGAGCACAGCAACAUUAAGUUUAUGGGGAACCUGAUGCUGAAUCUGUGGGACUGUGGAGGACAAGACGGCUUCGUCGAAAACUACCUCAACCACCAGCGAAAUCACGUCUUCGGCAGUGUCGCUGUCCUAAUCUUUGUCUUUGACAUCGAGUCCCGCGAAUUCCCCGCCGACGUCAUCUCCUACUCCAACAUCAUCCGCGCUUUACAAGAAUGCUCCCCGGGCGCCAAAGUCUUCGUCCUGAUCCACAAAAUGGACCUCGUGCAAGCGCGGCUCCGCGCGCAGCUCUUCGACGAGCGUGCCGAAUACAUCCGCACUGCGUCAGAAAGCUUUCGAGACAGUGUCGAUUUCUUUCCCACCAGUAUCUGGGAUCAGAGCUUAUAUAAAGCAUGGACGCAGAUUAUCUACUUCUUGAUUCCGAAUGCAGCGACGAUUGAGGGGCUGUUACAGCAGUUGGCGGAGGUGAUUGAUGCGAGGGAGUUGAUUCUGUAUGAGCGGACUACCUGCUUGAUGGUUACGCAUGUUACCAGAGGAGAGGAGGGGCAAAAUCCAUUUACGGAUCGGUUUGAGAGGAUUUCGAGCAUUUUGAAGACGCAUAAGCAGUCGAUGGCCAAGCACACCGGCAUCCCAGCGGGCAGCGCCAACUUCGCCGAAAUGCAGAUCAAAACCGGCCGCUUUAUGUUCUUCAUCACACGUUUGACUGAAAAUACAAAUCUCGCCGCCUCUAUCCCGCCCUCGGAACAAGUCUUCAAUGCCGCCCGCGUAAACAUUCUCCUCGUGAGGCCAAAGUUCGCUGAACUAGACAUCGCAAGUAAACCGCGCCCGGGGAUCCAGCAGGCAUUUGCGCACUCCGCUGAAAGCGAUCGUGAUAGAGACCGGCUGAGAGAUCAUUCGGCAGGUGGGGAGUCAGAGUAUAGAGGGAAGGGGAAGGAGCCAGUGAGUAUAGGGAUGGGAGGAGGAUUUGAUGGUUAAUAGGGGCGUGAUGGAUUUUGGAUCAUAGUGUGGAAUCUCGCUUUUUCGGUUUGUCUGGCGCAACCCUGUUUCGAGUGUAUGGACGGCUACUGGGGAGAAUUCUUUCUCAUGAUACCCAUCAUUGGUCGGCGUUUGAGCGAGCGAGCGAUCAAUCCUGAAUUCAAUAGACUUAG